AGAACUCUGGUGGCCGACGACCUGUAGCGAUUGGCGAGCGGAGGCAGUAGGAACGUCGAUCGUGAAGACGCACGAUCACCGGGAAGGCGCGAAUCGUCUCUUAUCGCAUUCAUUCGUCUUGAACGUGUUGUGCGGCUCGUGUUCGGACGAGCGUUUUUCUAAGUCGUCUAGAACUCUUGUUUGUGCAUAGAGGUGUGAAGAAGUGUCACCGUCUGGGGAAGAAAAUCCCUUCGAACUGUGGAAGCAACAUCGUUCCCCACAUUGUGAUACAACCAUGCUACCGUUCGAGACACCGACGAUUUUCGACCAGUUGCCGCGGUACAUCUACUACAUACCGAGAGUCGUCUUGAACCAGAGGCACAAGUUCGAAACUGACGAACUCUUUAAGAAAUGCUCCCGCGACAGCGAAGUUCGCUUCACGGGCUACCGGGACAGACCCCGAGAGGAACGCAAUUUCCGAUUCCAAACAGGACUCCGGGAAGGACACACGGAAUUGGCCUAUGUGUCGCACGGAACGAACCUGCAACUCGUCUUUUCGCCCCGCUCGAACAACUACGGGAGCGACUACUGUGAUUUCGACAAGGAACAAGGAAAAGUACACAUUCAGAGCUCCUUCAUCAUGAACGGAGUCUGCGUACGAUGGCGAGGCUGGAUCGAUCUUCAGAAACUCGAAGGAACUGGCUGCUUGGAGUUCGACGAAGAGAAAGCCAAGAUCGAAGACGAAAUUUUGAAAGCACAAAUCGCAAACCAUAGAGAACGCAUGCGAGAAUCGGAUUCCAAACGUUUUAUCAGGGACUCGGUCGAAGGCGAGACGAAUAUCGCGUACCAUCCAGCAUGACGGCGUUGCAAGGAAAUCCUCCUCCCAGACACUCUGUCCCCAUCCCACGUUGCCUUCCCUCGAGGUUUGCUUCCGUCAGCGGAGAUCUCUCAUCCAUGUUAGGUAAACGCCGUACAUCACAAAACGGAUUGUUAUAGUGAAUCUCACGACGGAAUUCGCGGGCUCCCGUUCUCAAGCAAGACCGACUUCCGCGAUGCGAACAUGAAGUUACAUCUAAAAAGUAGAUUCGUGUUGAUUCUUGCGAGUUUUCUACGAAGUUUGUUAGAUAACAAGAACUCCCGCUGCCGGAGGAUCAUGACGAGAUGCGAGCUCCCGCAGGAGCUCCGAAACAAUUCUGACAGUGUUCGAUGACGCUUCCUGAGGAAUAUCGAGCUUUCUACUAGAAUUGAAAAGUCCCUUGGAUAACGCCGGUGUAAACUCCUGUGAAUAAAAGAGUCUGUA